GUGAAAUGAAGUGUGAAUGCAUUAUUGGAGUCGAAGCUAGAAUACGUUUCGUAAACAAGGGUUUAGAUCUCGCAUGGGGUGCUAAGAAGUGGGUAAGGUAAUUAAGUUCCUGUCUUGCACGCAGGUCCGGAGGGCAUAGCGCAUCACGAUUCCAUCCAUAAGCACCACAGCUGCCUGGUAGUCAAGGAGGAAAUGCCCCGGGUACACGUCAAAGACGUCGCGGACGCCGGUCCCAUGUCCAUCACCGCCGCUUUCCAUUUUGCUGAGAGAAAAAGGCGACGGCCGCCGUCCGCAUCUGGAUGGCACAAGGGCGGACCAGGGUGCAUGAUAUGUUAGCAACCUCGAACGACCGUCUUCACCAUGUCAUUGAAGAAACUUCUGCUGGCAUGUCACGCAAAUCGAUGUAUGCAAGCUGAAGUAGACAUGGAAGGAACAAAUACAUCUCAUUGUUCCGCAUUCUCCCCAAUGUCAGCGGUAGGCACUCCAACCCGAGCACCGAACGGCCGACGGGACAUCCGUGGCGCGCCUGCGCAUGGCGCAUCCGUAGCUGGCUUCGUUGACAAGGCCCGCAAGUGGCAACGGGCCCUGCUGUCAUGGUACCCAUCGUACGCGCGCACGGAGCUGCCGGCACUUGGUACUCAGUACUACUUGCUGCUCGCGGAGCCCGGCAGUAGCACGUAUCGGCACGACUUGAAUGGUGAGCAUCGGCCGCACGCCCGGCCAGCCGCGCCAAACAGGCCAGCACCAAGCCAGCACAUUCCGCCCGAGGGCUCUGAGCGUGGCGUCCCCAGGCGUCGCAGUGCAGAGGUGAUCACCAAAGUGCAUUUCAGGCUAGAAGCCCGGAGAGGGUCGGGUCGUGCGGAGACGCCCCUAGUAGAGUCUCAGACGCGCUGGAGCGGUGCGCGCGCCCUAGAUCACUGCUACGCUCGUACGUGAGGAAUCCAAGCGCGUCGCACAUACUGGCAGCUCCAAAGACUUAGGGGCGCAUUGCUGCGCCCUGAACGCGUCGCAGGGUCCCCCGCGAGCGCGUCGUGUGUGGUGGGCGCACCCUCCACCCACGCUCCUACGCUUGUGGCGCGGUGCGAGUCGAGGACGACGCCCUCACGAGGCAUUUUCUAUGGGCGCCGCACGGUGCUCCGGUACGGCGUCCGGGGUAGGCAUCGCGUGUCUGCG